AUGUUGCUGUCCUCUGUCUACCUUGGUUUCUGUGCACUUUUUGCGACUUGCACUUGCGCACUGCCUCACUCCAACAAGCCGUGGUCCAGUCUGGCAAUUUCAGCAUCGCCAAACGGACGGUACCUGUACAGAGAACACUCCGGCGAGCCUUUCUUUUGGGUCGCUGACACAAACUGGGAACUCUUCCACAAGUUGAACCGCACCGACGUCGACCUCUAUCUCGCCGACCGCGCCGCCAAGGGGUUCAACAUAAUCCAAGCGGUAGUUCUGUCAAAGUACAACGUCACUACGAUACCGAACUUCUACGGUGACUUGGCCAUUGAUGAUGAGGACGUAACAAAGCCCAACGAGGGCUACUUUUCCUACGUUGACUGGGUCGUCACGCGCGCUGCGGAGUACGGCAUACUCAUCUGCUUUGUUCCUACUUGGGGCCGCUACGUCAACUCGGGCUGGUACGGGACGAUCGGCUACACACUCUUCAAUGAAGACAACGCCGAAUGGUUCGGGCGCUACUUGGGGAAGCGUUACCCUGGAAUCCCAAAGAUGAUGGGUGGAGACACCAAUGGCUUCUGGGCAAACAACGUCCCCCAGGCCCGUCAAGCAUGGAGGGACGAUCCCGACUCAGAUCCGAAAUCUCAUCUCAACCCAAUCGAAGAUACACGUGCCAUAUGGGCUGCAAUGAUGAAAGGGUUCAAAGAGGAAGAAGCUAAGUUGGGAUACGACGCUUUCGUCACGUUUCAGCCUACAAGCCCGUGGAUUGCCGACCCACCUACGCCCUUUCCAUUUGGACACAAUUACAUCAAUGGGAGCUUGGGGACCUUGACAAUGGACGCCGUUCAAUCUGGCCACGAAAGCCCUGAUCCAACAGGUGUCGAUGCCGGUUUCACCGUUCUGCGUCCUUGGGACUCGCGUAAAAACUACGAAAGCAUCAUCCAAAUGCGCGAAGAGUUUACUGGUCCCGUCAUGGACGUCGAAAACCACUACGAAGGUGCCCACGACUCUUUCAACACAAGCAAAGCCAUCUGGAACGCAUCUGACGUCCGCCACGGCUACUAUCCUGCCGUACUCUCAGGUGCUUGCGGCAUCACCUUCGGCUCCCUUCCGGUGCAGCAGUCAUACGAGAACAUGUCACUUAUUGCCAGCCCAGAGCACUACAUGGAGCCACAACUGGGCCUUUCCGAGAACGCCAGCUGGCACGAGGCAAUCCACUGGCCUGGAGCCAAGCAGACUGGAUAUGUCGCCAAACUCUUCGAAGGCCUGACCGCAGAACAGUUCAAUAGCUUGCAGCCUGCCCGCGAGCUGAUCUCAUCUCCCAGCGAUUUGGCAGAGGAUGUCCUGUCAUUUGACGGUGACAGAUACAUCGCUGGAAUGAUGACAUCCGGGUACUAUUCUGUUUAUAGCGGGUGGGGAGAUGCCUUCGACGUUGAUUUGGAGGCUCUUGCAGCGAUAUGGGAGGCACCUGGAGUCAAUGUGAAGGCGCUGUGGUUCGAUCCGCGUACCUCCGAGCGACUAUCUGUCGAGGGAAGCUCAACAUUCGAGGCCAAGGGAGUCAAGACAUUCACACCACCGACCAAUGGAGGUGUGGACUUUGACUGGGUGUUGAUUAUCAAAUCGAACGUGCAUGACUGCGAGUAA